UAUUCUGUAAAAGCAGUUACUCUCUAGCUUUCUCUAAACUUGCCACUCUGCAAUAAACAAUAGUAUUUCAAAUGAGGUGCAUAAUGUUUUGUAACCAGUUUGUGAUCCCUGAAAGCCCUUACCAAGAAGUAUGAAUUUCACAAUGGCAAUGUUAGAAUUCCAAGUCUCCUGUGAACCUGUAUAACUGGGAUCUGUCAACCAUAGCAUGCCAGUGUUACCAGACAUAGAUAUGGUUAAACUAAACUGUGAAGGCUAUUACAAUGUGUGGAAAGGACAGAUGUAUUUCCAGGAUCAAUUGAUGUGUGACAUUGUUUUCCAGGCUACAGUCAAUUGCGGUAUUCCAGCUCAACUGUCAAAUAAACUUGAAAUUAAAGAAGUGAUCAAAUUCCCAGAAUUAAAACAGAAGUUACCUAAGGGCAUAUUUUCAAAGAGAGCUUUAACUGGUCAAGAAGUAUGUUAUGAAAAUGUCUACUACAGUGCAUACAAAGUAAUAACAUCUAAUGUGGUGGGGUUACAACUGGACAAAUUGCAAACAUUAAUGAAAGAAAAAGAACUGGCAGUAAUCAAGUUUUUAAAUGACCAGGGAUUCCUAAUUUUAUUAACAUCUACUGUAUUUGAAACUUUUCAAGAUCUAAACCAAGGAGAUCCCUCCUGCCUGACAGCUUUAUUUUUAUUUCCUCAAACCAAAUCACUGGGAAAAAGAGAGCAAAAAGAAUGCAAAAGAAAGUUUUCCAAGCAAGAAAUUUCAUUAAAAGUCACACCUCUGUUGCCAGGCCUUCAAUAUGCCAUUAUGGAAACCAAUAGAUCAUGCAAAGGGAAAGAGCUUUACCCUGAAGAAUUAAUACAACAGUAUCUAAAGGCAUUUGCUCAUCAGAAAAAAAUGGAGAACCCAUCAAAGACUAAAGCAGAUCUUGCAAACACUACUUAUACUUUGUCAAGAAAAUGUAGCCAGCUUGAUCUUUCACGUCUGAGUUCUUACAUUUCAAAUCCAGUAAAUUUCUCUGUUCCACUGCAGAAGGCUUCCAAUAUCUUAGCUGAAGAACCAGCAAACUAUGAUAAUAAUGACAAUUUAAAUAACAAAGAUUUAAAAAUACCUGACUGUAAGACUAACAUGGAUUUUUCAUCAAAAAGUAAGUCUAAGACUGAGAACAAAAACCCACCAAAUGAGAAACAAGAAAACAAAACAUUUCCAAAGAGCAGCAAUCCAGUUACAGAUGAGAAGAAUAGAGUAAGGAAAGAUGAUGAAAUACAUCUGCCCCAGAGUCAAGCUUCUCCUGUUGAGAGAACUGAGAAGCCGUAUACAAGCAAAUAUAAUGUGCAUUUUUCUAGGGAACGCAAACAUGUUAGUUCUGCAAGCACAACAACUGUAAAACUUGCCAUUGCUGACAUAAAUAGGAGAAAAAGAGGGGCAGAGGUCCUUACAGCUGAGUUUGUUCAAGAUGUUGAGACUGAAAAAACAUCCAAAGAAGUGUCAAGGAAGAGCAGAAGUGGGGAUGUGAAAAACACAGCUGCUAGCAGUAAUUUAAUGAAGCCAAGAAGUAAAACUACAACCCCAGUUGGUACAACAGAUAAGGAUACAGCCUUAAAAAGAAAGACUUCAGAGCCAGCCAAAAACAGUAAACCGGGUGAGUCGUCUGAAUCUAAAAUGAAGGCAAAAAGUUCAAAGAGUCCUGUUGAAAAGGAUUGUAAUAAGUCUAUGAAAAAGUCCAUAAGAAGUACGGAGAAGGUUAAGAAAAAUAGUCAUAAAGGGAUAAAAUCUCCCAGUUGGUCAGGCGAAAAGCCCAAACAUGACAAUACAAAAUAUGGUGCAGCUGGGAAAUCAGAGGAGAAUAUUAUGGAGAAACGAAUAAGUAUGUAUGAAUCUCAUGCUUUAAACUUAUUAGCAGACCUUGCCUUAAACUCGUUUAGUUCCUCAGCAGGCUUUUUCCCUAAUAUGAACACUGCAUCAGACUCAAAAAAUGGGACUGAUAAUCUUUUAAAAGCCCUCCAUACUGAAAACAGAUCUAAUACAGACAGGGCUUGCAGUCCUCCUGCACAACCUUCUGUUUCUCUUCAUACCCCGGCAACAGAGCCUGACCAGGUCCUGGAAGUUAAACAUGAUGAGCCUAAAAAAGACGAUGAGUCCUGCCAUAUGAAUAAGUCAAAGCAGGAACUAAAUGUUGCAGUUGCAAAGACCAAAAAUAAUGUUAUAAGCAAGAUCUGUCUGGAGCAUUCUUAUUCUCAGCCCCCAAUGAAUGAACCUAAAGUCGAUCCACUCACAGACAAAACCAGCGAGAGAGACACUCGUCAUGAUCCAACUGUCAAGGAUUCUCUGGUCUUCGAUCAACCACAAAACUCUGUAGGUUUGUCAAGAAAGAAUAUGAAAAACAGUAGCUCCAACCUUUGUCUGAAUUUGAAAGAAGGACCUCGUGCUGUAAUACAGUUUGGAGAUAACCUCAAGAUUACAUUAAAUUGGGAUGCAAACUAUGAUUUUGAUCUGGACAGUAAAUUUACCAGUGAUCCUCUGGAGAAAACAGUUAAUCGAGCUUUACAUGGACCAUGGAAUCUCAAUCUACGUGAAAAGGUAGAAGAUGUCAAAAUUAUACUGCACAUGUGGUUAGCUCUGUUUUACAGCAAACCAAACAAGGCUUUAAACUGCAGCUCACGGAAAGUGGUGGAACACAGCAAUCCGGCCAAGUUUGUUUCAAUUAACACCAUCCUUGAACCUAUUGAAUUGGUCAAUAUUACGGAAGCUGAAAAUACCAAGUUUGAUUUGACAACAUCAGUUUGCGCAUCACCUUCCCAAAAUUCUAAAUUACUUGUUCUAUCUAGUAGCCAAAUUGAAUCUGAUUACUCUGGAAAGUUCACAAGGGAACCCUUUUCCCAGGGGUAUGACUUGGUAAAGAAAGGAAGCAGUUCAAGUGCUGAUUCACCAGUACAUUCCCAGGAAAAUAACAUAAAUAUGCAGGACACUGAUCAAAUACACAUAAAUGAAAAUGUCUUAAGGGCCUUCCAAAAAAAUGAAAUGAAAGAAACAGAAACAUAUAAAACAGCAUCAGGUGCAAAGUCUACUUGUAUUCCAGUUCUGUGUUAUGUACGUGACACUGAUCAGAUUGAUGCGGAGAGUGAACAAAAAGAGAAAUCCUGGAGCAGUGCAAAUAUCACUGGAUGUUCCACUGAAAAGGGUAGAACAAUGGAAAAUGAGCUGUUGAGCAAAGACAUCAUAUCAGACAAAGAACAAGAAACAAGCAGAGAUGAUAGUUCUUCUCAAAAGGAUGCUGCCAUCACAUUGAACAAAAAUACAAGCAUUUCCCAAGAACAGUUUGAUCCGAAUGUCUGUUCUAAUGGUUCAGAGAAUAAGCACCAGCUGGACACAAAUUUUGCCCUUCUAGAACAGGAAACAGAGUACAUGGAUCCUGAGUUUGGUGAAGCGGAACAGGAUAGACCAGCCAGUCCAAAAAAAGACAAUCUAUGCUCUGAGACCUUUGAAACACAUGAACACUCUGCAGGAGUGAAAGACUGUGAGAGAAGAGAAAGUGAAAGCAAAUCUAUCAUGCAAUCAUCCCAGUCUUUACAGAAAGAAGUUCUUGAAAUGUGUGGUGUCCCUCAGCUAUCUGCAAAUGAUGAGGAAGAAUCAAGUACUGCUGAUGCAAGGUUCAAUGUGGAAUAUGGUGGCAGAGAUGCAAUGGAUUCUUCUGAUUUAACUGUCACAACCCUCAGUAAUUCUCACAAGAGGCUUGAGACCUGUGCAGGAAACAUGGAGAAUGCGGAUGAUACAGUGGAAUUCACAGAGAAUGAAAAUGAUACAGUGGAAUGCACAGAAAAUGAAAAUACAACAAAAGCAAGUGUUACAGCUUCCAGCCAUGAGGUAAACUCACCUCAGCACAAAACCACAAAUCACAACAUAAAUAUUGUGUGUCCAGGUUCAGCUCUGAAAAGCUCUGUUGCACACACAGCUAAUAAAACCAGUUGCACCGAGAGUGUAAAAUCUGACAUUUGUGAGCCUAAGCUCCUGACAGAACCUGAGAGCAUUACGCAGGCAAAGCAGUUUGAGAGCUUGAAGCCAACUACAGAGUCAGAUCCAAUUGUGUCCACCCCAGACAGUAACCUUUUGAGCAACUCACACAGUGACAGUGGGCAUAAGGAGAGCUUCUCUGAAAGACAACAGACAACAAUAGACACUACUUCCCAACCGUUUGAGCCUAUUAAUACUUGUUAUGAUCCUGCAGUUAUAGUGACUAGAGAACAACUAUCAAAUAAUGUCUUAGAACGUGAAGACAUAAAUACAGUUCCCUUGCAGGCUACAGAGUACUUUAAGAAAGACCAGGCUGCAAAAUUGGAAAUAAAUGCCAUAAAAAAUAAAGUAAAUGAGUUUGAUAACACUUCUCAAAAUGGUGUUGAAACCACAGAAAAAUCAACAAAUGAUGCAGUCUCUGAUAAGCAUGACGAAACAAAAAUCUGCCAAGAACAGCAUGCAAUAGAUGAUUCCACCCAAGUUGAACAAUGUAUGGAUAGUUCUGCAGGAGAUAAUCAAAAGAGUUCUAAAGCUGUAAAAGACGGGUCUCCUCAAAAGCUACCCACUGAGCCAUUGUCCCUUAAUGAAACAGACUGCUCAUUUAAAAUUGAAGUAACAGAAAAGACAGAAUGUACUUUAAUGAUUAGCAAUGAGCAAAAAAGUUCAGUUCUUAGAUCCACAGAAAAUAAUAAUAAAUACUUAAAAAGUUUCAGUGGGGAAACAAACAAGGCAAAUGGUUUUAUGGAUGAUGCAAAGACUGAAGGCAUGCAAAUUACAUAUGAAGCUGACAAUUUAAAUAAAAAUGAUUCCAGUUCAGAUGUGGUAAGUACUUCAAAAUGCAACAGAAAUGAACUUAGUACUGAAGGAAAGCAAUAUCAUGUAAUACACAAACAAGAUGUAUACCAUUUGCACAGCUGUUUAGACACAGACAUUUCUAUUGAAGGGCAGUCUAGCAGCACCCAGAACAUUAAUGACCAGGAUGAAAAAGCAAAUGAAAGCAGAAGUCUUUUGUCCCUUGUUAAAAAUGUUUGUCUUGACCAUGUACAAGGCUUUAAGGAUAAAGAAACAGAUGCCCUAUCUGAAGAUCUUAUGGCUAGCCCCAAGAAGGAGAACUGUAUAGACAUGCAACAGGAACUUAAUUUAACAGUGAAGGAAAAUCCUACAGCACCUGUAGUAUGUGCCAGUGUUGAAAUGAUACCUGUCUUGUCUGGAGAGGAGGUAGCACUGGAGAAACAAUACCAGGAUGAGACUUUUGACUGUAGCACUUUCCUGGCUCAAACUGAAUCUCCAAAGCAAGGAGACCUUGUACUUGGCUUUGAGGAAAAAGAUACUGUAGAAAUACAGGAAGAUAAUGGAUUAACAAUAAAUGAGAAUACUGUUGAAGAGAAUUUUAUCAUGUCUAGAGAUAAGGUAAUACAGGUACGACAAUGCCAGGAGGCUUCUUGCUAUUCUAGCACCUCACCACCCCUUUCUGAAUCACAUAAACAACCAGUUGAUGAUUAUUGGUUAGAUGAUUCUUAUGAGGAUGUUGCCUUUGCCCAAGAACCUGGAAAUCCUUACAAACGUUACUCAUGCCAUCCAAGUUCAGAUCACGAAAGCACAAAAGUAAGACAUACCAAGCAUUUUAAAAGAAAGUUUGAUGCCUGUGAUGUCCCUUUGGAUGAUGAUAAAUACAAUUCUCCAAAGUACUUUAGACACCGAGAUAGUUUGAGACAAAGGAAAUAUGAAAAUGUUACAGUUAGUAGAUAUUUUCUAGAAACUGAUAGAACUUUGCAUAGAAAAAGCAGUUCUACAGACAGGCAAGAACAAUUCAAUAUUUUUAAAAGACGAAGGAUAACAUCAGAUGGUCCAACACAGAGUACGCUUGAUCUGGAGCAUUUGCGUUUUAAUCAUCAAUUAAAAGGAGUUUUAAGAAAUGCCUCCAUGGAUGCAGAUAUUUUUGAGCCAUCUUUUCGGACAAUGUUUGAAUCUAAAAGAAUUCCAUGUUGUUCAGGUUUAGCACCUAAAAUAAAACACCCUCUUCAAAUUACAAUUCAGCAUUCUAAUCAAAAAAGGGACCACAUCAAACAGGGAAGAUUGCAUAAUAGUACUUAUUCUUCCCCAGUGAUCCAUGAAUAUGAACUAAAGGGUAGAUCAACACAUAGUUCCAGCAAUACAAAAAAUGUCAGAGAAUGUAAAAAAAACACUUUUCAUUUACACCAGUUAAAAUAUGGAGGGAGAUUAAAGAAAACAGUUGAUGAUGACAUUUCGUUGAUCCUCAAGGAGUGUGUCCAGUCAACUCACUUGAAACUGGACAGAGUUACUUUAGGUGAUCCGUUAACAGACCGCACCGCCUCCAGAAAUGUUACUGAGGCUUGUCCAAGAUGGACAUUUGAUCCUGAUGCACAAAAUUCACGUUUUGUAAAGGACAUCAUUUCAGACGUGUGCACAACACUCCACUGUAAAUUACACAAUACGCAAAGCAAUUCAGCAAAAGGAAUUUUCACUUUUAUGUCAAUGAAACCAGUGAUGAUUAUUUCUACUCUUCAGUAAAGAAUUUACUUACUCAAGCUGGUCACACUCCAAGUGAUCCUCAGCAGUUCUGCAACAGCAAUGAAGCAUCAGAGGGGAUGUUUGUUAUCAUUAGAAAUGAAGACAUAUUUGCGCAUGUACAUAAGAUUCCUUGUUUGCUGCAACUGAGGCUCCUUCCAAAUGUAACCUUUGCUGGCGUAGACAAUCCUGAAGACAUAAUGGAAUCAUCAUAUCAGGAAGUUUUUCAUUCUGGCGGAUUUGUUGUUUCUGAUCAAACUGUGAUUGAGUCCAUCAGUUUAGAUAAAUUAAAAGACAUUAUUAGACUGUUAAAGAAGAUGAGCAAAGCAUCUUGUUGGAAAUGGCUUGUUCAUUACAGAGAGAAUAGGAAACUGAAAAAUGAUAAAAGAAUGGGCUCUGUUUCUCAGAUGAAGAUUUCACUAUUAAAAUCUUCCCAGCUAAGGAAUAUGGUAGAGGUUUUGCCUUAUCACCUGUGUGACUCUAAGAAAAGAGAAACAUCAGAUGAAUUGUCAUGUAUCCUGAAUCUGCAGAGCCAGCGGAUACACAGUAGGCUUGCUGUUUAUUUGACAGAUAAGCCUAGCCCAGUGAGAGAGGAGUAUCAGCAUCAUGGUAUCCUUGUGCUGGAUGUGGACAGGUUUAUUAGGAGAAUCCAGAAACUCGACGCACAACUUCACUUAUCCUAAUGGUCAUGAAAUAUCACAGCACAAAGUGGCCCAGAGGAGAAUGAUGGGAAUAGUUCCGGGUGUGCCGUUUAUAUAUAGCAUCUGGACAAGAUUAAAGGCACUAUGCAAAAAGAUUUAUUACCAAAUUCAUUUUCUUUUGCUGCCAUGGCUUUGGUUUUUGAGCUGAAAAGUCUGGUGCAUUCUUUUUGCACAAAAUGUGCCGCUUACAGCAAUUUGAGUUUGCCUAGAACAAUCUGUAACGGUUUUCCUUUCCUUUUUAGAGCAUCUAAAUUAUUUUUCUUUGUAUUGCUUUGUUAUAGUAAGCUAACAUGUAAACAGUGUAGCUCACAUGUAAAUAAUAUAUAUAAUACACGUAUUUAGAAUUUAUAUAUAUAUAUAUAUAUAUAUAUAUAUACAUAUAUAUAUAUAUACCUACGGUUCGUUUUCAGUACGUCCCUGUAAAUCGCUGUACACACAACACUAACCUAACAGAAGUAAAUAAGCUAUUUAACUAGAGCAAUGUAUGUUACAAGGUUCCAUUCACACCUGUUCAACAGAAUAUUUGCAUAUAUUUACUUUAUAUUUUUAUUUUCUUAAUGUGUUUACAGUGUGUUAAAGUAUUGUUUGUAAAUACAGGUUAUUCCAAUUUGAGUGUCAUCUUAUCGCAACAUUUUUUUUUUUUUUACAAGGUACAAGUAAGACAGUACGAAGAGUGAAAUAGGUAGAGCAGCCUAUUUACUUGACCUAUUUGAUGUAGACUUUGUAAAAAAAAAAAAUUAAUAAAGACCUCUAUGCAUAAUG